AUGGACCUCCUUCCAACAGAAAUUAACAUUGUCACUCUCAACUGCUGGGGCCUACGCUUCAUCUCCAAGUGGAGAAGCGAGCGUAUCCUUGAAAUUGGCCGUCGCUUAUCGGUCACCGCGCCAGGCAUCGUGGCACUCCAAGAGGUAUGGAGUGAGGAUGACUAUGAAAUCCUCCGUCGCGAGACCCGGGCGGUACUCCCGUACGGUAAACAGUACCAUGCCGGUGUGUUUGGCUCUGGCCUAGUUAUCCUCUCACGAUGGCCUUUGGAAGAGAGCUCAAUGUUCCAGUUUCCCCUCAACGGCAGGCCAACUGCCUUCUUCAGGGGGGACUGGUACGCUGGUAAAGGUGUUGCCCACGCAAGGAUCCGGUACGGGCCGAUGAAGAGUCAGGUCAUCGAGGUCUUCAACGUACAUACACAUGCAGCGUACGAAACAGAAGCAAAAGAUUCCUACGCAGCACACCGCGCAUCCCAGGCCUGGUUCUUCGCCAAGCUCCUUCGCAGCGCCUCGGAACGCGGCCAUCUCGUCGUCGGCCUGGGUGACCUUAAUGCGCCGCCCUUCUCCUUACCACACCGACUUGUAACCGCACAAGCGCCGGUCCGCGACGCCUGGCGCGUCCUAUACCACAGCCACCUAGACGACGAGAUCACCGAGGAUCCGAACCGCCACCGGAGGCAACCACCCACAGCCGACUUCAACCUUCGCCAGAACGGAGUCACCUCGGACAGCGUGUUCAACACGUGGCGCUGGGACAGUAAACGGCAGAAGCGGCUGGGUCCGCCCAUGGGGGGAAAGGUGAUCACGCGCAAGGCCAGCCGCCACUUGAGCCUUGUCGAGGUAAGCGACCUGCGGCCCGAGCAGCCCAUGAGGACGGCCCGGUGGCAGGAGGACAAUGGGGUGCCUUCGGAUGCGCCCGACCCAAAGGGAAAGAGGAUAGACUACGUCUUUGCCGGCACGGGGGAUCCGGCACUUAUAGGAGGCGUGUGGACGGUUAGGAAUGCCAAGGUCGGCAUGGUAGAGCGCCAUUCGGAGCUGGGCUGUUCCCUGAGCGAUCAUUUUUCCGUCGAGGUAACGCUCAAGUUCCACCCGACCAUGAUGCCAACUGGACCGGAACCUCCCACGCCGAGGAAUAUACCUUUACCACCUCCAGACGAGUCGGAAAAGCUCGGAACUGUACCCCCUACUCCUCGCACUCCUCUAUCCCCAGUGGCCAACAAAAGAAUCACACCCAGGGCGUCGGCAAUGUCGUUCCAGGCAGCCGUCAAGGAGAAGAUGAGAGAGCAGGAGAAGACGCGGCAGGACGCCGAAGUCGCGACGAGCACGGACGGAGCCACCAUCCUGGUCGAGAGAGGCACGUACCUGUCGAGCCCGGCCCCGUCCCUCUCCGACGUCAACGACGAAGACGGCGACGGCGACGACCAGUACGAGCACCACGAACAGCAGCAGCAGCAGCUCGCCCGCACAAACACCCUCGCCGGGUCCGUCAUGACAAUGGGCGGCGCCCGCCGCGAGUCCACCCACGGCGCGGCAUCGUCAUCCCAGGCCGUCCCGCCCGCGCUCUACGACGAGGUCCUGGCUCUCACCAGGGCCUGCGCCAGCAGGGAGGAGAAGCAGCAGCUGUGGCGCGUGUUCCACUUCUUCGCCGGCGCCCUGGUGUGGGUCACCUGUCUGGUCGCCGUCUGGUUCGUCCCUCCCGGCUUGAGCUACGUCACCUUCAUCCUCGUCCUGGUCGGCGGCCUGGGCCUGGCCGCGGGGACGGUCGACGGCUUGAUUGCGCUGCUGUUUCUGUCGUCGGAGCUCAGGUCGUUGAGGGAACUCGAGUGGGAGGUGAUGAAUGCGCGCUCAGCGGCGGCAGCGGUCGUCGUACCUAACACGGCCACAAGGGCUGCUGCCGCUGCAGCUGGCGUCGGGAGGUUGACGGACAGGAGCCAUGCAAUAUCCACGACGACGGCCACUACUUCUAUAAAUAAAAAUUGGUAG